AUGGCGCCCGCGUCCCGCUCCCGCUCCCCGCCCGCCGCCAGCUCCGAGCGCCGCGGCCGCCGCAGCCGGUCUCGCUCCCGGUCCCGGUCCCGGUCCCGCGAGCGCAAUGGCUCGAGGCGCCUGAGCCACCGGCGGAGCCGCAGCCGCUCCCGCAGCCCCGGCGCGCCGCGCUCCUCCGCGCACCACGGGCACCACCACCACGGCAAAUGGCCCGAGUACUACGAGAAGGAGAAGGAGGAGAUCCUGCGGCAGAGGAGACUCAAUGAGAGAGAGAGAAUUGGAGAACUGGGGGCACCUGAAGUCUGGGGACUGUCACCAAAAGUUCCUGACCCAGAUUCCGAUGAGCACACACCGGUAGAAGAUGAAGAGGCAAAAUCUAAGAGUAGCUCUUCGGAUUCCAGCUCAGAAGAGGAAAAGAAGAAAAAGAAGAAGAAAAAACAAAAGAAGAAACGUAAAGCAUCCAAAAGAAAGCGCAGGAAACAUUCUGAGGACAGUGACAGUGACUCAGAGUCUGAGCAGAACUCCAGUGAUGAAGAUAAAAAGAAAAGCAAGAAGAGGAAAAAGAAGAACAAAAAGAAGAAGUAUAAGAAAAAGAAAGCUAAGAAGAGCAGGAAGGAAUCCAGUGAUUCAAGCAGCGAAGAUUCCGAUGAUGAAAUGCUUCAAGGGGAUGAUCUCUGGAUAGAGAGGUCAAAAAAUACUGAAGCUGACAGUUUGAUUGGACCAGAGGCUCCCAAAACUCACGCAUCUCAGGAUGAUAGGCCUUUGAACUAUGGCCAUGCCCUCCUGCCCGGGGAAGGGGCAGCCAUGGCAGAGUAUGUCAAAGCGGGGAAGCGCAUUCCCCGCAGAGGCGAAAUCGGCCUGACCAGCGAGGAGAUCGCGUCGUUUGAGAGCUCUGGUUAUGUCAUGAGUGGCAGCAGGCACCGGCGCAUGGAGGCUGUGCGGCUGCGGAAGGAGAACCAGAUCUACAGCGCAGAUGAAAAGAGAGCUCUGGCAUCCUUCAACCAGGAGGAGAGGAGGAAACGAGAGAAUAAGAUCCUUGCAAGCUUUCGAGAGAUGGUCUACAGAAAGACUAAAGGCAAAGAGGAGAAAUAAUGCUUCAUGUGAGCUGUACACCACAGCCUGCACUGCGUGGCAGCUGGUGCAGUCCAGCUGUGAUUUGAAGAGAGAUGCAGGUGCUGCAGCACCUUUCACCCAACAGGGCCAAGCUCAGGAGUGGAUUACUUGUGUCAAGGAAACAGAGUUAUUUUCAUCAGAUUUUCUUGGAUGGUUUGUUUACCAUCUACAAGGAAUCCCUGCAAAGAGAAAGGCUACAA